GGCACGUGUAUCACAUCCACCAGUCACCAUGGCAGAGGAUAUGUUGAUGUUGAACCUCUCAUCAGACUCAGCUCCAGCUUUACACUCGAAGAGUCAUCAGAGACCAACGUCUCAGGAGAAAUGGGCUUUGGUAGGUCAACUCUGGUCAAAAAUGUCACGUUUUGUUACACCUUUGCCAAGUACCUCAACUCCUUGGAGUUGAGUGCGGACUAUAGUCUUUUUAAAUUAACCUCCGACUCAUUCGAGUCGCCCUUACCGUGUGCCUUUGUUUUCUGAAAUCAUACUUUUUUUUGAUAACGUGAAUCAAAUACAAACACCGACUGUUUACUUGUUGAUAUUCAGUUGAUAUUCAAUUGGCACAUGCACAUUCGCGCUGAAUUGCUAUCUGACAGCAAGCAAUGAGGAAACAGUCAGUUGUUGUAUUUGAUUAACGUUUUAUUAAAAAAGUAUGUGUUCAGCAAACAAAGGCAAGCAACAACAGAGGACAAACAUAAGUACAUGAUAAACGUUUAAGAAUGUAAAUUUUUAAAAUAUCGACUUCAUAGCGAGUUGGAGUUUCAUUAUUUUUUUAAAAACUAGUAUGCGCUCAACUCCAUGGAUGAAAUCAUUGUGGAGUUGAGGUACUUGGCAAGGUAGACCUCUCAUUGUCAGCACAUGUACAUUGCAACUACCUUCCUCUUUUUGUUACCUUGUUCACAGUUAAUCUCUGAAUAGCUAUUACAUAUUUUUGUUUUAAUUUCCAGAAAAAAGCACAGAAACGAAAAUACUCCGAAAUACAGAAAGGGUUACCUAAUAAACAAGUGUUCAAUGGGCCUAAGACCAAGGACCAACUGCCCCCUGAGGACAAGGAAGAAGAGGAUGUACCAGCCCAUAAAAGCCCUGUCCACAAGUCAGCACCAAAGGCUGCCCAGAGAUCCCAAGCCCAGCCAAAAAUGCCUCCAAAAAGUAAACAUGUAGGGGAACACAAAGGAGGAGAGGACAGUGUGUUCAUAAAGACUUCUUCCCUCUUCAGAAAUAACCCAGAUAUCCCAGACGUCCACAGGUAGGUCCUUUCAAUGACGAUGGUCACUCAUAUGGGAGGGUUUUUAGUUAUAAAUGUUGCACCUGGCUGUGGACCUGUGUGGUCUCGAUCUUGAAUCAAGCCUUUAUUAAAGUAGUCUACUUUCUAUACACCUCUAAUGGUUUGCUGACAACAUUAUGUCUGAUAAGGUCCAAGACUUAUUACAAAUACAAUUAUUUGUCAUGAUAGUAGUACAGUCUUAAGAAAAACCAGGCUUGGACGGAGGGUUAGAGGGUUUGUUACUCCUGCUUUGUGAAAGGUUGUGUGGUUAGUAGUAACCCCUCCACUGGCUGUGACUGCAGGCCUGCUGUGACCCAGCUGAAGGAGAAAGUCUUCACCAGCGACUCAUUUGGCGAGCUGGACCUUCACCCCCACCUGGUGAGCACCUAAACUAGGGAUGUGACAAAUGGAAAACGUGAAAUCAUAAUGCAGAAUAUGGUCCUAUUGUGUAUGGUGGUCCUAUUGCGUAUGACCGCUAGGGUGCAAUGAAGUGCUAUCUACCGCAGUCAUAAACCGAACGCUUGGCCCUUAAGCCCUUUAUCGAGUGACCUCUUGCUGUUGUGUUUGAUAGUGAUUACUCAAGUCUGUAAUUAUUUAGGCCAAAAUGAACAUUGAGACGAUGCGCACCCGACGUCCCAACUGCCAUGUAACAAUAUUUCAAAAUUCAUUUCUGAGCAUUGUCUCAACCGGUCUUGUGCAUGACCCAUUCGCUAUUUAACACGGUCACUGGAGCAGACACAGACGCAUACUCUGAUAGGCUGUGAGAAAGUUGUAAAAACGACAUCUCUACUCCUGCACAAAAUAUGUGCAAGUAUAUCGGUCGCCAGGGAUUUCAUCAACUCAUUUAGCUUGUUGUAGCAUGCCUACUGCUAGCUAGCUUCACUGAGGGUAAGGGUAGGUAACAACACAUCUGCCACGCUGAUCCUCAACACGGGGGCCCCUCGGGGUGCAUGGCCAGGCACGACUCCAACACCAUCAUUAAGUUUGACGACGACACAACAGUGGUAGGCCUGAUCACCGACAACGAUGAGACAGCCUACAGGGAGGAGGUCAGAGACCUGGCCGUGUGGUGCCAGGAUAACAACCUCUCCCUCAACGUGACCAAGACAAAGGAGAUGAUUGUGGACUACAGGAAAAAAAAAGAGGACUGAGCACGCCCCCAUUCUCAUCGACGGGGCUGUAGUGGAACAGGUUGAGAGCUUCAAGUUCCUUGGUGUCCACAUCACAAACAAACUAUCAUGGUCCAAACACACCAAGACAGUCGUGAAGAGGGCACGACAAAGCCUAUUCCCCUCAGGAGACUGAAAAGAUUUAGCAUGGGUCCUCAGAUCCUCAAAAAGUUAUACGGCAAGCGGUACCGGAGCGCCAAGUCUACGUCCAAAAGGCUUCUCAACAGCUUUUACCCCCAAGCCAUAAGACUCCUGAACAGCUAAUCAUGGCUACCCGGACUAUUUGCACUGCCCCCCCCACCCCCACCCCAUCUUUUUACACUGCUGCUACUCUGUUAAUUAUUUAUGCACUUUUUUGUUUUAUUUUACUUUUUUAUAAAUAAAAUUAAUGCAUUGUUGGUUAAGGGCUUGUAAGUAAGCAUUUCACGGUAAUGUCUACACCUGUUUUAUACGGCGCAUGUGGCAAAUAAGAUUUGAUUUGACAAACACAGGGAUGGAAUUUUAGCUAGCUAGCUAAGGAUGUUGGGCACUGCACUGUUUUGACAUCUUGCUGUUGAAGUUAAAGACAUGUUCCUAGCAGUCCGUUUCAGUCCAUACUUCAGCAUGUUUCCAAAGCACCAAUCGCUGCGUUGUAACGUUGGGUCAGCUAAAAGCAUAGCGCAUCAGCAGACUCUAUACGGUUCUGACUCGGGACAGAGCAGGCUGUUCGCUGCUGUCACUUGCCUUUCUCUGCCAUUUUUUCAACUUAACGACGAUGAUGUACAGAGCGCUUUAUAUCCGUGGCAAAUCAUUUGAAAGAUUCAUAUCUCCUACUAAUGUUACAGCAUUGUUGCGUUAGGUAUUUGUUAAAAAAUAUAUAUCUUUAUGAUGAUUGGGACCUGUUAGUGGUUGUUUUGUGAUAACUGCACUGUGACGUUGAAAAACACAGUUUUUUGGUUAGGGAUUUAUUUCUUAACCUUAGUCCCAAUUUCAUUUAAACAUUUUAACAUUCACACCUAACCUCAACAGUAUAUAUUUUCUCUAGGGUCGUGUUCAUUAGGGCGCACUGUAGCAAAACAUUAUUGCAACAGAAAACAAAAACAAGCGUGUCUGAUUGGACACGGGACAAGUUCAGGUAGUCCAUCUCUGUUUUAGUCUGUUUUCUUCCGUUUGGUGCCUUAUGAAUAUGACCCAGGUCAUCGUAGCUACAGUCUAGACCACGGUCAUUGUCAAGAUGAUAGUUCUCCUUUACAAUGUGUCUUGUAGAUCAGUGGCCCUUUUGAGUCUGUUGGCUAACUGUGAAUUUGUUCCUGCAUCAGGUGGCGACGCUGACCAAGGUGCUGAAUGUGACCACUAUGACCAGGUAAAGCCUCCAUUAGUAGUUUUCUAACCAAAUUGCAUCCUAUUCCCUAUAUAGUGCACUAUAAUAUAGGGAGUAGGGUGCUAUUUGGAACGCAUGCCUGCCAACUGUCCUCAGCGUUCAAGAAGCUCACAGAUCUAACACUGUUACCUAACACUGUUUACCUCUGCAGUGUCCAGAAGGAGACCAUUCCUGUCCUCUUGUCUGGUCGAGACGCUGUAGUGCGCUCUCAAACAGGAUCGGGUAGGACACAUUUCAAGCUCUUUAUGCUUCCUUUUGAUGUUUGACUGCAUAUUAUUUAGCAUAUAUUCCACAUACAGUGCAUUCGUAAAGUAUUCAGACCCUUUGACUUUUUCCACAUUUUGUUACGUUACAGCCUUAUUCUAAAAUUGAAUACCUUAAUUUUUUCCUCAUCAAUCUACACACAACCCCUUAAAUCUUUUAGACAUUUUUGCAAAUUUAUAAAAAUGAUUAAAAACGAUACCUUAUUUGCAAAAGUAUUCAGACUCUUUGCUAUGAGACUCAAUUGAGCUCAGGUGCAUCCUGUCUUGAGAUGUUUCUACAACUUGAUUGGAGUCCACCUGUGCUAAAUUAAAUUGAUUGGACAUGAGUUGGAAAGGCACACACAUGUCUAUAUAGGGUCCCACUGUUGACAGUGCAUAUCAGAGCAAAAAUCAAGCCAUGAGGUCAAAGGAAUUGUCCGUAGAGCUCCAAGACAGGAUUGUGUCAAGGCACAGAUCUGGGGAAGGGUACCAUAAAGUGUCUGCAGCAUUGAAGGUCCCAAAGAACCAUCAAGACUCUUCCUAGAGCUGGCCGCCCGGCCAAACUGAGCAAUCGGGGGAGAAGGGCCUUGGUCAGGGAGGUGACCAAGAACCCAAUGGUCACUCUGACAGAGCUCCAGAGUUCCUCUGUGGAGAUGGGAGAACCUUCCAGAAGGAAAAACAUCCCUGCAGCACUCCACCAAUCAGGGCUUUAUGGUAGAGUGGCCAAACGGAAGCCACUCCUCAGUAAAAGGCACAGGACAGGCCGCUUGGAGUUUGCCAAAUGCCUGAAUGCCAAGCGUCACGUCUGGACAUAACCUGGCACCAUCCCUACGGUGAAGCAUGGUGGUGGCAGCAUCAUGCUGUGGGGAUGUUUUUCAGCGUCAGGGACUGGGAGACUAGUCAGGAUCGAGGGAAAGAUGAACGGAGCAAAGUACAGAGAGAUCCUUGAUGAAAACCUGCUCCAGAGCGCUGAGGACCUCAGACUGGGGGCGAACGUUCACCUUCCAACAGGUCAACGACCUUAAGCACACAGCCAAGACAACGCAGGAGUGGCUUCAGGAACAAGUCUUUGAAUGUCCUAGAGUGGCCCAGCCAGAGCCCGGACUUGAACCCGAUCGAACAUCUCUGGAGAGACCUGAAAAUAGCUGUGCAGCGACACUCCCCAUCCAACCUGACAGAGCUUGAGAGGAUCUGCAGAGCAGAAUGGGAGAAACUCCCCAAAUACAGCUGUGCCAAGCUUGUAGCGUCAUACCCAAGAAGACUUGAAGCUGUUAUCGCUGCGGAAGGUGCUAUAACAAAGUACUGAGUAAAGGGUCUGAAUACCUAUGUAAAUGUGAUAUUUCUGUUUUUAUUUUUAAUAACUUUGCAAACAUUUCUAAACCAGUUUUUGCUUUGUCAUUAUGGGGAGAUUAAUGAGGGGGGGGAAACAAUUUAAUCAAUUUUAGAAUACGGCUGUAACGUAACAAAAUGUGGAAAAAGUCAAGGGGUCUGAAUACUUUCCGAAUGCGCUGCAUGUUCCUAGUAGAGCCUAAUUACCAUGGAAGAAUGUACAGAUUGAAUCAUUCAGCAAUGUUGUUUGGAGAGGAUGCAUAUGUUUUAUUUAUUUUUAGAGCUUUGUGAGAGUAAUAAUCCUCUAAAGUGAAAUGUUUUCCUUUUGUAAUGUCUAGGGAAAACUCUUGCCUACGGGAUACCGCUUGUUCAGUCUUUACAAGCAGUGGAACCCAAAAUUAAGGCAAGUACACUGAUAGCUUUAAAAUUAAUUUUAAAGAGGUCAACAUAUUAUUCGGAUGAUAUCCAGGGAACUGCUUUAAUGUCAGAGGAUGACCAGCUCGUUGCUUAAGAAUAGUGAGAUUAUGUGCAUGUAGGGUUGCAAAAUUCCCAGGGUUUUUAGAAAUCUAUAUUAGAAGAAGUCAGGAGGGAAUGAGCAGGAAGUCCCAGGAAUCCUUCAACCAGUAUUUCAGGAAAUGUUUUGGAAAGUUACCAGAGUUGCAACCCUAUGUCCGUGUGUCUAAACCUUCUGCAUAUCCAUUCUCCAGAGAGGGGAUGGGCCUCUUGCUGUCAUCGUGGUCCCCACCAGAGAGGUAUGCCCAGGUCAUUUUCUCUCUUCUCUCUCCCACUUGUUCAUCUCUCCCCCUCUAACCUGCCUGACUGGGUGCAUGUGUUAUACAAUGAGUCACUGUGAAGUUGUCAUUUAUACAACAAGCAUACACUCACAUAAUGGAUGUUGAGUUUGUCAUAACCAUUUAGAUUUCUUCUUGAUUUCUGUUCCCCCUCAGCUGGCCCAGCAGAGCUUCCAGAUCUUCCAGAAGCUCCUCAAGGUACAGUAAGGAUGUGCCCCAGAUGACACCCUAUUCCCUAUCUAGUGCACUACUUUUUACCAAUGCUCAUAGGGCUCUGGUCAAAAGUAGUGCCCUACAUAGGGAGUAUGGGUGUCUUUUGGGACGCGUCCCUUGUUUCUCUGCCAGCAAAGCACUACAGCCACAGUCAGUGACGGGCUCUUUUCCCCUGGCUCUCUGCUUCUCACAGGCUCUCUGCCUAUUUGACUGUACCUUCAUUCCCAUCCCUCUCUUCUUGCCAGCCUUUCACCUGGAUUGUGCCCGGAGUCCUGAUGGGGGGAGAGAAGAGGAAGGCAGAGAAAGCCAGGUUAUUAUUUUUUCCCAUAGAUUUACUCUUGGUAGCUACUUACGUUUGGUUAGAAGGGGGCAGCUUUCACUAUAAUUGGAGUCAGUGGAUAAAACCUGGGCUCAGUGUGUGUUGUGAGUGCUUACAGUCCUGUCUGUCUGUGUUCAGACUGCGUAAAGGGAUCAAUAUUCUGAUUACCACGCCGGGCCGACUGGUGGACCACAUCAAGAACACUCUGAGCAUAGCGUUCAGCGCUGUCCGGUGGCUCAUCCUGGACGAGGCUGACAGGUACACACACACACACACACUCUUUGACCUCCUCUAUUUUAGCGCCAAAGGCCCUCACAGUUGUUGCCGUUUACUUCUUCCUGCCAACACUACAUUGUGUAUCUGGCUUUGCUUUAUGGAUAAUGAGUGGUUUUGGUUCUGUUUCGGGGUGUAGGAUUCUGGACCUGGGCUUUGAGAAGGACCUGACUGUGAUCCUCAAUUCCUUGAAUGCCACUGGACCUCCCAGGCAGAACGUGCUCCUGUCUGCUACUCUCACA